UGACAGUUUCUAUCCAGCGAGCGGAGGGUCGGGGGUGAUGGGAGGACUGUGUGAAUAAUUAAACAAUGCCGUUUGCAGCUCCACCGCCGUGGCGUCCGAGGGAUGCCCUGAAAAGGGUCAUAGAGGCUGCAGUGAUAACAGAACAGUCCGUUCUCCGGUUGUAUUACAACUUUCUACCCGCCGACCAGCUUCGCGGCAAGGCUUUGGCGAAUCUUGGGAUACCGAGCAGCUUUGGUGGCAAGAUCAACUGGAGCAGGAUCGGGAAAAAUUUCAGUCUACGCCCAUCACCAUUAAAAACUCUGUACGUGCCAAGACCGGCCAGCAUGCCCCUGGCCGUGCAACCCCGAGCCAGGCGAGUGGUGAGGUGCGAUGCCUUCGAGUUGCCCAGCAGCUUCGAGGACGGCGACCACGCCCUCAGGACCCUCAGCCAGGACCAUAGUCCAACACGCGGCGGCCCACGCUCCAAGCGGCGUCAACCUCGGUGUCAACCUCGGCGUCAACCUCGGCGUCAACCUCGGCGUCAACCUCGGCGUCAACGUAAUCAUGUAUAG